GUAUUCAUGAUUUACAUGUUGUCUAGAACAAAGGCUUAUUUGCGGAAAAGCACAAAUACUAUUUUGUUGUAGUAGUUUUUCUAUCUAUAUAUCAUUGAUUACAACUUUGAUACUGGGAUUAUAUGUGUGUACAUUACUCAGCGGUAUAUGCCAGAUAACUUUACCUGGUGCUGUAGAUUUGAAGCCCUAAAAUGCUGAUGCUAUGUAGUUGCAAGUUAUUCCUCCGUAGGAUGUGUCUUGUAGGACGGCCUACUGAUGCUGCACCUAGGGCGUAGAUCAGCAUCUUUUCCAAUGAUGCCCGAGCGAAGUGUUUACUUCAAUUGAUCGUUUUUGGCGCUUUAUAAAUUUAAUUUGCCUUUCACUCAUGUUUUGUGAGAAUCUAGGUACCUUUUUUUUUUGUGUUGUAGUAUCAUCCAUAUGAACCCUAGUUACAUUUUGGUACUCCAAUGAAACGUUCAUUUCCUAAACGCUGUGAAAUGCACCGCUUUGCUACAAGACCAGCCCAACAGUUUACACCACCAAAAGAUCCAGUAGAUUCAGAAUGAAAGGCUACAAUACAUUUUUCUAUUUUCAAAACGCCCAUGAUGGGGUAGUUGCUAUCAUUAUUAAAAAUAGUGCUAAGAUCGACGUCGAGAGAGUAACAUUUCCCUAUACAGAAGAAAAUAUUGAGGUCAUUAUUGUACACACCACUAUAAAAAUUUUGACCUUUUUAUUGGCUAGUGUAUACAUAUGCCCCAACACAACAAUUACUAGUUUUCUCCUUAACAAACUGCUUUAUAAAGUAGAUGAUGACCUCUGUAUUUUCUGCUGUGUUUUUAAUCUACAUCACCUUUUAUGGAACCCGAUGCUGAGAUCACUUGGAAACGACACAGAAAAUAUCGUUAUGGAAAAAAUAACAAAGUGUGGAUUCCUUCUAAGAAAUCGAAUUGGGUGUGCACCUUUGCCAGAGGAGCUAACCACACCAUCCUCAACUUAACAUUCUCUGGUGAUCUCUCGAUCCACUAGCAGUACACCACUAUGACCCGAACAGUGAUCACGAGUUCAUUUUACCCCAUCAUUCGAUGGACCCUCACCGCAGCAAUCAAGCGGUAGCGCAGUGUUUAGAUGAAAGUUCCCGAUUAGAACACUUCUGCUGGAUUAUGGAGAAAUGUUUGCCGAGUUUUAAUUUCUUAAGUGCCCGUUUCACCCUACCAGUCUUUAACCGCGUGGUCCUAGUUUUUUUUUACAUCGACACUAUUGUCCUUUUGCUUGGCUUCGAUGUUGACUUAAUAAAAGGGAAAAACAUCAU